CCCGCCCUGCCACAAUGACCACAAUUUACAGGGUAAACGAGUUUCCAUGCAAGCAAGAACAUACUGAAGAUAGAAAGUGAAAAUUAUAGGGGAACGUCUUCAUAGAUUUUCAUAUCAUGUAUACGAAUAAUUGCGUAAUUAAUACAGUCUGCAGAAAUAUAUUAUUUCGAUCUUCCAUCUAUAUGCAAAGACGAUGGAAAUCUAAAAAAGUCCACUGGUCUGUUUUAGCUAAGAAGAAAUACCCAGUGGACAAAGCUUUGGAGCACUUUGAUGACUUCUAUAAAACAGUUUUUGGUAGAAAAUGGCCAUCUAUCCGUCUUGCUCUUCUUUCACCACACAAAUAUUGUGCUGUCAUCAACAAUUUUGGUGAUUCUGACACUGUUGUGUCAGAUCUACAGAAUAUUGGUGCUAUGAACAUAAGAACAUUAUUUGAACUGGAGAAAGAAAAUAUCAAGACUAAGAAAAAUGAAGAAAGAAGAAGGCGAGAUCUAGAGAAAAUUUUCAAGCUUGAUAGAAAGCUGGAACAAAUGGCCAUUACCAAGCAACAAGAGGAAUUUGAAUCGCUAUAUCCCCACAGAGAGAGCUCAGAAGGUACCUCUGUGUCAGCAGAUAUAUUGAACAGAAGCAGUUCUGACACAUCCCAUGGAAUUUCAGACAACAUAAACAGAGAAGAUGAUGCUGAAAGCAAUAGAGAUGGAAUGAGUCAAAAAUCGUUACAGUCAAGUCUCAGAGAAGCUGAGUUUGAUUCACACCGUCUCAUUGAUCCAGCCAGUGGACUGUCAGCAGGUGCACUUUAUGAAUAUGUGCCAGCCACUCGUCUCAAGGGCAUGGAAGACUGGAUUGUGGAAUCACAGCAUUAUGGCUAUUACAGGAAAGAUACUGACUUCCCUGUUUGUGUAGAAAGCGAUAAUGAUUUUAUUUUUCCUGUUCAUCUUCAGGUUCUACUAUUUGAACGAGGAAAUAUAUCAUCAUUCCCCAGUCCUAAGCGAGGUUCCACUGAUGUUCUUAAUUACUACUUGAUGGAUGGUGCAUCACUGUUGCCAGUUUUGGCACUGGGUGUGAAUCCUGGUGAUAGAGUUUUGGACAUGUGUGCUGCUCCUGGGGGAAAAUCUCUUCUGAUUCUGCAGACACUCUUUCCAGCACGUCUUGUGUGCAAUGAUGUCCGGGAAUCACGAACCAAUAGAAUUCAUGCAGUAAUUAAGCAGUACCUUUACAACGACGAUAUGUGGAAGAAUCAAUUAUUUAUUACUCAGAGAGAUGGCAGAGAUAUUGAUGAAUGUGAUGUGUACAAUAAGAUUUUAGUUGAUGUUCCUUGCACCACAGACAGACAUAGUUUACAUGAAAAUGACAAUAAUAUUUUCAAACCAGGAAGAACAAAAGAGAGACUUCAGAUUCCAGAAAUGCAGGCUGAACUUCUAAGUCAUGCUUUGAAGCUGGUACAGCCUGGAGGGACAGUGGUGUAUUCAACAUGUUCUUUGUCACCCAUCCAGAAUGACGGUGUGGUACAUAUGGCUCUUCGCAAAGUGUGGGAAGAAACUGACAUACAAGUCAUUGUUAAGGAUAUGACAGCUGCUCUGGAGCCAAUUGAAUGUGUUUACAAAUUGGGGCAUGACCUUGGGCUGAAAUAUGGUCAUUUGGUGUUGCCCUUUAUUCCGUGUAACUUCGGACCAUUGUAUUUCUGCAAACUUGUCAGAACAAAGUAGUUCAUUGGCUUGUACCUGAAGCAAAAUAAAUUAUUACAAUAUUACAAAAUAAUCUUGGUGGUUAAUUGGUAUUUUCCCUUCAAAUAUCAGGCUCCCAUUCUUCUUUUCUGAAUAUAGUUGAAUAGUUUAUGCUUUUAGAUGCAGGUCUGCUAUGUCUUCAGUGUUUGGAAAAGGGCUGCUAAAGUUAAGACUGAAGAUAUUAUCAAUUUAAAAAUGCAGUAUGUAAACAAUUUUAGAGUUGUUUAGUACACUGACAGAACAAUGUGUAUCACAUUUCCCCAAUACCAUUAUGCAGUAUUAAUUUAAAUUAAGUUUGGAGGUAUUUUUUCAGUGAUCCUAUAGUAUUAACUUGGUUUGAACCAUCUGUGCACUGAGUAAUUUUGCAUAAAAAGAGGUCCAAAAACGUGUCAUAAAGUGCUUAUGAAGCAGGGUCAUAAUUCUGUUGUGCAAGAAUGAAUGACUUUGCUUAUUAGCAGAAUAAAUACUAAGUUGUAUUUUUUUUUUAAAUUAACAAUUUUAGAAUCCUGGAGAUUUUGACUUACUGUAGUAUAAGGUCUGGGAGACAGAAAUAACAUGCAUAGGAGCAAGCUAGAGUUUUCUAGGUACAGAAUACAUAAAUUAAUGAAAAUGAAAUGCACUGAAGGGGUGGAGGUAGAUAUUGGCAUUAAAAAAUAGUGCCAGUUCACAUCCCUGUAGGGUAAUGUUAUGAAAGAUAGAAAUCAAUUUCACCACUGACAGUAAAUAUAUGGGAAGUAACGGUUUACAGGUUUGUACAUUUUGUACCAUUUUUGGAAUUCACACCUUGCAAGUAUGUGACAGGGCUGGCAGGUACUGCAAGCAACACCUUUAAGCAUUUUAUUCUUCAUAUGCUCAGUUGUGGCUAACAACCUAUGAAAAGAUUCUGAAAUCUGAGGUUCUCACAGCAGCGAUUAUGAAAGUUUACUAACUUGUGGCAUGUGAUGCCACCCUUCUACUGUGAAAGUAAGAUAGGAAGCUCCUCCAAAAUGCUGUGUAUCAAACAAUGCAGCAUUACACCAUGGAAGACAAUCCUCGUGUGAACUACUUCAUGUGGUUCAGGUUGAGAUUUGGGCCAGGCACACCCCAAUGCAGGCCAAGUGCUGAGCCAAACACCUACAUAAAUUACAUUUCAAGACUCAGUAUCUAAUAACAUUCACUGAAGAGUUUAAAACUUUACUGUGUCAUGUGAAAGACCUACCAUUUAUUAGAGAAAAUGUCUGUUUCUCCUACUGUAAGCAAGGAAAUGAAACUAUGAAGUACAUAACCACAUAAAGACCCGUAAAUAUAUGGCAAUAAACGUGACUACAACUGUUAUAAAGGAGAAAAAGGAAAAUGGGUAGGAAGAAUUUAGUUGUCAUUCUGAAACUUCAAAUGCAGCAUAUCAGAACUGUUGUAUGCAAUGUGCCAUGUUCUCAGGAAUAUGUAUAAAUGUAAUACAAAUGCACAACAAACUGCAAUUAAUUUAUGACUGCAGUGAAUAUCAACAUGAAUCAAUCCAAAUUUAUAAAUCCAUUAAUAUUCCCAAUGUUUAUUCAAGUGGGACUGGCCAGUCAUCUGAAUCACUUUCUCCAUCUGAGGUCUUUUUGAGACUAACAAUAUGAGCAGCCGCAGCACCCCUAUUUUUGAUAGAGGUUUUGCUUUACAGCUGUUAUUCAUCAGCUUCUAAGUGGCACAUAUUUUUCCACUACUGGAGUUACCUGAAGACUGGGAAAGUAUACCUAUACCACUGUUACACUGUAUAGCAAAAUUCCAAAUGAUUAGCCGUAGUAAUAAUUGUAUGUGACACUCCAAGCCUUUGCUUUGUU